UGUGGUUCCGGUUCCGUCACGGAGACACGUGAAGGUCGGUGAGUUAGUGCGGAGUUUGUCUCGGCACGCGUGGCCGCGCUGGGAUGGAGUCCUCCUCGUCUUCCUCCGCAGCGGGUCUGGGCUCGGUCGACCCGCAGCUGCAGCAUUUCAUCGAGGUAGAGACUCAGAAGCAGCGCUUCCAGCAGCUGGUGCACCAGAUGACGGAACUUUGUUGGGAAAAGUGCAUGGACAAGCCUGGGCCAAAGUUGGACAGUCGGGCUGAGGCCUGUUUUGUGAACUGCGUUGAGCGCUUCAUUGAUACAAGCCAAUUCAUCUUGAAUCGACUGGAACAGACCCAGAAAUCCAAGCCAGUCUUCUCAGAAAGCCUUUCUGACUGACCUGAGUAUUACCUCUUUGGAAAAGGAAGAACUGAGCAUCUUUGAUCAUCCUGGCAGAGUUGUUGUCUGGGAGAACAAGAAAAAAGCAAGAAGUCACUUCAUGAAGCUAACUAGUUGAUAAAGUGGCAGAGCUAAAGGAGCAUGCAAUGUUAAGAAGUUUGAGUUUUAUGUUGCAAUCAAUGGAUAGCUGUUGGAGAAUUUUAAAGUGGAAUAAUAUAGUAUUUGUACUUGUUUCAUGACAAAAGUACUACCUGCAUGUUUUAAAACUUUCAAACAAUAUAGAAUUGCUUACGAUAAAUGAGAGUCCUCCCCUUACCCUCAUAUAUGAAUUUAGAAAGAUCAUUUUCACAGCUAUAUGGUAGUUGGACUAAGACUAGGAGAAUAGUAAGGGUAUUUCAUUAGUUCAGGCAAGAGACUGGAGGAUUGAAUUCAGAGAGUGGAAGUGGGGAUGGACAGGAGGGGACAUGUUAGGAAUAUGAGGGAGCUGUGAGAGAAAUCUGGAGUAAAGUGGAGAGGGAGUAAAAUAGAUUAUAGGGAAAGAGGUAGGGGAUAGAAUAAUGUGCCAGUGAGACCAUGCCUUGGGAUUCAAAGGGCAGCAAAAGUGACUGGGAAGAGAGGGAGAUAACACAACUGAUAACGUUGAACAGGCUUCAGAGAGGAAGUUACACAAAUGGCCAUCCCCAUGGGUAACCCCUGGAAUUUAUUGCUGCCCUCCAAUUUGAGGAACAUAAGCAUAUCGCCAAAGUUACAAGAUUACUCACAAUGUUCUAUAAACUUUUCACAGGAAAAGUUAGAAACAAGCCAAGAGGAAAAAAAAGAUUAAAAUAUCAUUUGAGUUUUAACACUGUAUUCUGAUAAGGUAAGGAGGAAUGAGUAGAAAGACAAAAAGGAAAAAGAAAAAGUACGGAGGCAGGGAGUCAGCAGUACAGUCAUUCCUACAGGGGGAUUGGUUCCAGGACACCACCACCCCCCUGCAGAUACCAAAAUAUGCAGGUGCUUCAGUCCCUUAUAUAAAAUGUAGUAUUUGCAUAUAACUUACACACAUCCUGCUGUAUGUAUAUUUUAAAUCACCUCUAGAUGACGUAUAAUGCCCAAUACAAUACAAUGUAAGUGUCAUGUAAAUAGUUGCCAGAG